AUGACCUCCCUUUAUGUCUGGCUAUGCUUUAGCUUAGCGGCACUCCCACACAACUGCCACGCCCACUACAUACAAAUCGACCACGAAGAGUUUCGCGCCAGUGGCUAUCCCCAUCCACCGUUGCCACCAGCCCCUCUGACACCUCUAGAGCUCGAUCAUCUGCCACAUGUGGUGGCCACCAAUCCUUUGACGCCUGCCGAGGUGAUGGUGGAUCUCACCAACGAUCUGACGCAUCGUCUGCUCCACUAUCACUCCAUACUCAAUCGGAAUAAUUUCGCAUUCUCGCCCACCGCGUUGGUCAGUGUCCUGGUGGCACUCUACGAAGGAUCCGCGGGACGCAGCGCCAGCGAAUUGCGGAAUGUGCUGCAGUUGCCCAACAAUCGUGACGUCAUACGCGUCGGUUACCGCGACAUCCAUCGACGACUGCGGACCUAUUUCUUUGGCUCUGAUAAUCCCUUGAAAGGACUCAGCUUAAGCAGAAAUAAUGUCACUGUGCUCAAGGAUUUCGAAACGGUUUUAAUGUUUUAUGGUUAUGAUCUGAGCAUCGAUAUGAUCUCCUCUACGCCAGCCAAUGUCACUGCAGCCAACGCCACCCUGGCUGGCAAUGCCACAGCUGAUGCAAUGCAGGCAGAUACUACAACAAGCAGCGAUAUUGAGACAACCACUGAGCCACCUACAACCACAGCAGCCACAGCUGAAGAGACUACAACGACACCUGCGCCAACUACAACCACCGAGGAAGCGACAACCACAACCGAAGAGGCGGAAGCCAGCAGCACGGAGGCAGCACCUGCCACAGAAUCUGGUGAGGCAACCGAGCCAGCAGGAGACGAUGAGGCAGCCGAGCUGGUUUCCGCUUUUGUGGCCGAAGAGGAUGCAGAACCCUUUUUGCGCAUACAAAAGGCGCGGGUGUCGCGUUUACCAACCAGUAAAUUGCAGGCGCCGCUGAAGCACUCGAAUCCCAUUACACCUAAGCCCAACUAUUUGCCUAGUGCACGCAUUGCAGUGAUGCCCAUGAUAGCCAGACAAGUUCAAGCUCCGGUGCAGCGCAAGGCAACCACAACAACUCCAACACCAAGUUCACGACAAGUUGCCACCACGACGCCAGCAACUCCACAAGCAACCACAUCCCGGAAAGCAAAGACAGCUCGCCAUAAGCGUCAUGUGCUGGGUUACAAGGAUCUGGAUGCAAAUCUCUUUGUUUCACUCUUUAGUCCACAUGGUCCACACGCAGCUGCUGCAGCGCUUCCGUUGCCCAUUCCACCCACAGCUGGAUUCACACACUUCACCAACGAGUUUGAGCCUCAUUACAUUAGCGAUGGCGUUGAAUCCAAGACAAAUUACAACACGGAUGUGAUCAGUCAUGUCUUUUAUCUGGGCAGCCAACAGGUGGUGCACACCACCUUCAAGGUCUACAAUGCAGUGCUGUAUUACAAGUACUUUGAGCACCUGAAGAUGAGUGUGCUUGAGCUGGAGUUGGACACUCCUGAGUACAAUUUAAUGAUACUGCUGCCCGACUACCACAUGGACAUUGUGGCUGCGGCUGCUUCGCUCAAGCUGGGACCAACGUUGCGGCUGAUGCGCAAGCAACUGAAGCCACGUUGGGUUCAGGCCAUCAUACCGGACUUUAAGCUGCAUGGCACCAUGUUCCUCACCAACGAUCUGCAGAAUAUGGGCAUCUGUGAUAUAUUUGAGCCAAAUCGUGCCGAUUUUCGACCCAUGACUGAUGAGAAAGGCAUCUAUGUGCGACACAUUGAGCAAUCGAUUGACGUCAACAUUCGUACGCAUCCCAUCAAUCAAUUGAAACGCAACACAGGCGCUCAAACGAAGCCCAUACAGAUCUCUGUUAAUCAUCCGUUUCUGUUUUUCAUCAUCGAUCGCGACUUGGACGUGGCUGUGAUGUCGGGCCGCAUACUCAAUCCCCUCAACGUGCGCAUACAAUGAAUGCUCCAUUCAUCCAUCGAGCCGAACCGAGCCACACUCACAGUCAGUGGUGCAAAACGAAGGUCAACACGGUGGCUGCAUCGAAAGUGAAGCUGGUAGCUAAAGUGCGCUUCCUGGUGCCUCUUAACCAUGCACUUGCAAAGUACCAUAGUAUAUUGUAAAUAAUGCAAACAACUUUUGUUUUCUA